AUGAGAACUGUUGCCAUCUUUGCUGCUGCCAUUGCCUUUGUGGCACCCGUCCUGGCACAGUCCAACGCUGCCUCGGUGCUUUCCAGCUUGCCCAGCUGUGGUCAAACAUGUAUCCUUAACGGCAUCGCUGCCACCGGCUGCUCCGCUAGCGAUUCGGCUUGCUUGUGCUCCAACACUGCCUACCAGUCUGGGGUCGCGUCCUGCGUGACCUCGAGCUGCAGUGCCAAGGACGCAGCAAAGGUCGCCGCUGCCGCAAGCUCUCUCUGCCCCAGCGGCACUGGUGCUCAAGCUGCUAGUGGAUCUUCUGCGGCUCCUGCGUCCUCGGCCGCUUCUGCUGUCUCGUCCUCGGCUGUUGUCGCUUCUUCCAGCGCUGCCACUAUGAUGGCAUCUUCGUCGGCUGCUGCUAACACCGCUAGCUCUUCCGUGAUGAUGUCUUCCUCGAUGGCUGGUUCUGCUACCAGCGGUGCUGCUUCUGCUACCAGUUCUAUGGCUGUCUACACUGGUGCUGCCUCGAACAUUGGUGCCGGGCUCGGUUUCCUCGCUCUGUUGGGUGUUGCUGCUGCGAUUUGA